CGACAAGUUUCUUCAUAUAAUUGUAUCCACCGUAAUACAAACUGUACUCCCUGUGCCCUCCCCGUUCCUCCUGACGUCUUGCUAAGGAAAGCCUGGCCCAUUGCUCGCAAGAGACGACGGCUUCUGCUUCUUUUCUAUAGCUGGCUUCACUUAACGUGCUACCUAAAAAUGGACAUUGUUGACAUGGCACAUCUCGCGGCUCGCGAGCGCAGGGCAUCACUGGGCACCUCUCCUCCUCAGACGACUGGCAGCUUUUUUGGCUCAUCACCCCCUUCCGAGUGGAUGGGCAAGCUGGGCGACAUGAUGAGGACCACCUCGUCAAGCUUUCCACUUCCCCGCCGCUUCAGCCUCUCUGAGGGCCCUGUUGCGAACCCUUGGCCCCGGCCGCGUCGCCUCAGCCUCCCCGAAAACCCCGUGGACGAGGAGACUUCGUCCCUGCCAAGCUGGCCGUGAGGAUGAUGCGAGGAUACGCCGUGCCUGAGCUUGGGACUGGCGGAACUUCGUGCUGACGAGGUCUCAAGGUUCAUAUGUUGAUCGGCGGCUUUGGGGUUGUGUUGGGUUGAUGGAAUUGCAUAAAGAAUAUACAUAAGCACUAAAUGGACGCCCUUGGGUGUCGGCUAGGGUUGCGCUUGUUUGUGCUGCGGCACCAGGCAUAAAGCAGGCGUUGCAAUGCUUAAGCUAAUUGAUUUUUUGUUGUACAAAUGCUGAUGAUCUAUACAAUGCGGCCGUGUCGCAUCAUCGUUGUAUGCGAAGCCGGCGGGCAUGCUCCAUUUGCUUGUACCGUUAGCGUUUAGGCUUGGCCUACAUACCUGCCAGCCUUUAGUAUGUAGUCAUUCUUCUUGCUGCGUUGACUGUGGGUGGCGAUUGCGAUCGGUUUGUCGGAUGGACUGAACGUCGUAAGGUGCAUACGCCGUGCAAGUACUUCUCGUUUCACACAAUGCUUGUCGGAUAUCUAUCUAACUUGUAAAAGAAGGUUGGAAAACGUCGAUGCUCCUUGUUCUGAAUCACCUGUGCGUGAGAAGGACUUGUUAGACCAUGGGAGACGACAAAUCUCCGCAGCAAAAGCAGCAGCAAGAGAGUCAGAAGCAAGAUAAGGAGAAGGAGAGGGCAGAUGCAAAACGCAAGGCACAGGAAAAGGACAGGACGCAAGAUAACAAGGAGAAGAACAAGCGCCAUAAGGGCGACGGCGGACGGAUGGCCGUCCAGGCCAUCCAUUUCAGGCUGCUCUGUCAUGAAACUCAAGCAGGCGCUGUGAUUGGCAAGGGCGGCGACACUGUUCGGAACAUCCGCAAGGCCACAGGCGCAGAUGUGACGGUGCUGCCCGCCAUGCAGGGCACGCGCCUGCGUGUCGUGGUUAUCAAUUCUGCCGCGGGCAGCCGCAACAAGCCCUCCUGCCCCGCCAAGGACGCCCUGCUGACGUGUGCCACCCUGGCAGUGGAGGGCGACCAGCCGCUGCACGCACCUGAGCCCGGCAGGCCGACCGAGUUGCGGUUGCUGCUUCAGUCGGAGCUGUGUCGGGGGCUGCUGGGCGCGCGGCGGGGCGCGGGCUGCAUGGCGGUUGGGGACAUCGCGGCUCGCAGCGGGGCGGCGGUGCUGGUACCACCCGACUCGGAGCGACCCCGGCUCGCGGAGAAGGACGAGGAGUUCAUUCUGCUCCGAGGCCCCUGGGCCUCCGUCUACGCGGCCUUGAGCCUGCUAGCUGACGAAGUCCGCCGCGCCUUCUUCGACUCCUGCGACGGCAUGCCCCCGCCCGAGCCCAUGGGGGCCGCGGCCAUGCAGCAAGGCCCGCUGGGACCGGGCGGCCCCGGGCCCUUCCCCUUUGGCGUGCCAAACCCCCUGGGCAUGCCUGGUCCCAUGCACCCACUGGAUGCCGUACAGCUGGGAAUCGGGCUGGGUAUGGAGAUGGCGCCGCCUCCUGAGGGGGCUAUCGCAGUUGCGGGUUUGGUUCCGGAGUUUCGGAGCCCGGCUGACCUCAACAAGCCGGUCAAAGUGACGUUCAAGUUGGUGGUUCCGGAGAGCAAGGCAGGGCGCUUCAUCGGCAAGGGAGGAGAGGCCCUGCGCGACACCCGCAUGGCUCUCCGCGUGGAGACACUCAAGGUGCACCCGGUGAUGAAGGGCUGCGGGGUGCGCGUGCUGGAGGUGGCCACUGCGCAGCCGGCGGGAGCCACGGUGUGUGCGGCGGCGGAGGCGCUGUUGUUCUACGUGGACAAGCUGGCUCAGGGCCACUCGGGCGGCAAGUUCUCUGUGCGCAUGCUGCUGCAGCACCGGGAGUGCGGGGCGGUGGUGGGGCCGCGGGGGGGCAUCAUUCGCCAGGUGAGCGCCGUGAGCGGUGCAAGCUGUGUGGUGCACCGCAAGGGAGACGUACCGCCGUACGGCCUGCCCGAGGAGCAGGAGCUGGUGGCGGAUGGUGACCCGCGGGACGUCAUGGAGGCCAUCCGCAUUGUGGCUGGUCUGGUUCGCGGCUACGAGCUCCGGCACGCGGGCAUCCCCAUGCGAGAAACCCUCUGCACCCCGGAAUACCCGCUGAUACGAGCGCGGCACACCGUCCCGCCGCCGCCAGCACGGCAACUGGGGAGCUCCGCUGCUGCUGCUGCUGCUGCUGCCGGCGGCAGUGGCGGUGGCGGCACUAACAGCAACGGCAACAACCUGCAGGCAGGGGGGAUGACGUCAGCAUCGUCGGCAGCAGCAGCUGCAGCCGCGGGUCCUGGACCCAUGGGUCCCAUGGUGUCCGCUAGGCAGCAGCAGCAAUCCCAGCAAUCCCAGCAAUCACCCCGUCAGCAACAGCAGUCCCAGCAGCAGUCUGCAGGUGGGAUUGCAGGUGGUAUGAUGCAGGGCGGCGCAGCAGCAGCAGCAGCGCCUCCGGAGGCAUGCUGGGAGGACGAGCAGCAGCGCUUGCAGAUGCAGCAGAUGCAACAGCAGCAGCCGGGUGAGGGAGGAGGAGGCGGCGGGGGGGGGCAGUCGGCAUUCGGGUUGCCGCCGCUGGGUCCGAAUGACGUGCGGCUGACGAUCUUCGUGGCGGCAGCGUUGGUGAACACGCCGGAGGGCAUCAACGGAACCAACGUGCAACAGGUCCAGACGGUGACCAGCACUGUCAUCACGCUGCGGCAACCCAUCCCGGAGGGGGACUUUGAGCUGGACAUCACGGGGGCCCUGGCGCAGGUCAUGCAGGCUCACUCGCUGCUGACCAACAUCAUGACCAUCGGAGCCAUCCUGCAGCAGAAGCCGCAGCUGGCACCGCAGCAGCAGCAGGGGCUGCCCUCCUCCUCGGCAGCAGGCGCGCAGCAGCAGCAGCAGCAGCCCCCUGCUGUUGCGCCGGCAGCUGAGAUGCCUGCCAGUGCAGCGACCGUCCAAGCAGGCACCUCUGCUACUGCUGGGGCGGGUGCUGGUGCUGCUGCGGGUGCUGCAGGUGGGGGUGUGGCGGGGCAGCCGCAUCGCGUGGCGGUGCAGCCUAAUCAGGGAGUCGGGGUGGUGCCCCCACAGCAGCAGCAGCAGCAAGGCCAGCAGCAACAACCGCAACAGCAGCAGCAACUGCAGCUGCAAGCAGGGGGAAUGCCCCCGCCCGAACAGCACCCGCAGCAGCAACAGCAGGCGUACAUGCCGCCACCCCAGCAGCAGCAGCAGCUGCCGCACCUGCAGCAGCAACAACGCCCCCAGGCACCGCCUCAACAGCAGCAGCAGCAGCCACAACAUCCCUACCAGCAGCAGCAGCAGCCACAGGCUCGGCCGCCUGCGCAAGCACUCCCAGGCGCAGGUGCUGCUGCUGCUGGAGCUGCAGGGCAGCCGCUAAAGCAGGAUGGUCCCCAGGUGCCACCACAGCAGCAGCAAUACCCACAGCAGCAGCAACAACAACAGCAACAGCCGUACGGUCAAUCGGCGGCCGCUGCGGCCCAGCAACCUACCGCUGCUGCUGCUGCUGCUGCCCCUGCAGGCGGACAGCAAGCCUACCCGCCCUCCUACGCUUCAGCGGCUCCCCAGCACCCGCAGCAACAGCACCAGCAGGCUGCCUACUACCCCAACCAAGAGCUGCAGCAGCAGCAGCAACCACAGCAGCAGGGCUAUCCACCACAGGGAUACCAGCAGCAGCAGCAGCAGCAACAGGGCUAUCCCCCACAGCAUGGGUAUCCUCCACAGCAGCAGCAGCAGGGAUACACACAGCAGCAGCAACCCCCGGCGCAGCAGCAGCAGCAGCACCCCUACUACCAGCAGCAGCAGCAAGCCCAGGUCCCGGGUGGGCCCCAGCAGCAGUACCCUCAGCAGCAACUGCAGCAGCAGCAGGUUCCGAAGUCGGCGCCGCAGCAGGGACCACCACCCCCAUCUCAGCAGCAGCAACAAGCCCAAGCUGCCGCCAACCCUUACAACGCAGCCUACGGUGGCGCUUACGCCUCCUCGCCUGCUGCUUACGGCACUAAUGCAGCUGCUGCAACCGCAGCAGCACAGCAGCAGUCACCCGCGUCAGCAGCAGCUGCACCCCCAACGGCUGCGUCUCAACAGCCUGGCAGCGCGCAUGUUGCUGCUGCUGCAACCGGCCCUUCCUCGGCGACCGGUGCCGGCAGUGCCACUCACCAUCCGGGCGCGUCCUCCGCCACAGCAGCAGCUCCGCAGCUGUCGCCGUCAUCGUACUAUAACAACCAACCGCAACAACCGUCAGCUGCAGGCGCCCCAACGGCUGCCGCUGCUGCUGCUGGUGGUGCUGGUAGCGCUGCGCCGGCGGCAGCGGCCUCAACGCCCAGCGGCGCCGCCUCUGCUGCUUCCGCUGCUGUUGCUAGUCCCCCUGCCACCGCCGCUGCGGGGUACGGGGGGGCAGCUGCUCCUGCUACGCAUGCGGCACAGCAUGCAGGCUACGGCGCCGCUUAUCCGGGUGCCGGCGCCGCCGGUACUGCUGUCGCUGCUGGAUCCAUGCAUCACGACCCGCAGGCGCAUGCGUACUAUCAGGCCAUGCAGCAGCAGCAGCAGCAUGCAGCGGCGGCGGCGGCAGCAGCCCAGCACCACCAGAUGACGCCUGAGCAGCAGUACUACAUGCAAAUGCAACAAUACCAAGCUGCCAUGCAACAGCACUACCAAGCUGGUCCGUACAAUGCGGCAGCUGCCGCCGGGUACGGAUACGGCUAUCCGCCUGCGUCGGCACCGCCGCCGCAGUAGAGACGCAUCGUCGCUUUUGCGCUGCGUUGCGGGGGUGCUGUGCUUUUGGUGGCCUCACUGCGUGCAGGAAGGUCUCUACUCUAGAGCGAUGUGCGCAUGCAUGCAUGCAUGCGUUACGUCGGGCUGAGAGCCUGCGCUUGCAUGUGUCCUAUAACCUAUCGCUGCAAGGGUCUGGCCGAUUGCGGCCUUUGCGCUGCCACCAUUUUGUGUGUCAUGCAUUUUACGUUUCCCUUUCCGUCCCUCACUACUCGCUAAGUUACACGCCGUGCCGCUCUGCUCCGUGUUUCUGAGCUGCCUUGAAUAAGUUUGGGAGCAAGGGUCCGGCUUUGGAAACCUUGGCGUCGGGUUGGGCUUUCCAGCUUUGGGAGAGGGACUUAAGGUGGGCUGGGCUCAGGGCUGUUUUGGGUAUGGGAAAGGACUCUGCUCCGCAUCCUCACAUUCUCUGGUGCGUCGCCACUGUCGCCACUGUGGCACCUGUCUUGGAGCUCUUCAUGGGAGUGGCGACUGCAUGGCGGGUGGGCUUGCGGCGCCGCGUGAGAUUAGACUUCCAGCAACAAGACGGCCAUUUCUCCGCUGCUAGCACGGCUUUUACGUCGUCUCGGUCUGCUGCUGGAGAGCAGGGAAUAAGUGCAUCUUCCUGUCACGAAAGUCAAGUUUGGUUGUCGCCAGCCUUAGGAAAAGCAGCUGUCGUUGGGAGGCUCUACCUGAGUUCACGAGGCCUCCGCGGUUUUAGGUCUUUGCCGUAGUUUGUGUCUGGAAAGGUGCUAGCAAACCUGGAAGGUGUCUCCGUUUUCUGGCCUUUUCCUUUGUUUGCCUUUCAACACGGGGCGGGGUAUUUGCAUGCCUGCUAGAGUUAAGCGAUUGCUUUUGAUACUCCGGGAGUGUCAGUGCACGUUGGUCGACGCUGUGCUUUGGGUAUGCUGCACAAGGGAUGCUUCUCGUCUUCUUUUCCGGCUGAUCCAACCGGUAGCUGCUUUGUCACGAGCCGUAGCGCACACGGAUUGUAGGUUGGUACACCAGGAGCUUGCUGGUUGUUGCUGUUGGUUGCUGGUUGUUUUCUUGGUUUCUUCUUGGAGGGAAUUGGCUUACUUUGUGUGCGCACGAAGUCCCUGAAGAUAGAUAGUUCCCCAUGUUUUCGAGCUGUUUAGGAGCCCCAAAGAGGAAUCAUGUGUUUGCUGCUUGCCCGCUGCUUUUGCCCGUUCCGCUGCUGUUUCUUGCUGCUUUUCCUGGCUUGUGUUGGUGUGCAGAUGUUCCACGGCUAGCUCCAAUGUUUGGUCUGCCUCCCUGGCAUGCCUGGGUAUGCCGUAAGUAAGGACGCGGAUAGUAGCUUUUGAGGUUUUGGGGCUUUGGGUUGUAUCCUUCAAUGUAUGCGCCGCACAAAGCACAUGCCGAGAGCUCGCUGGUAGGCUAGUGGUAUCUGUAAGUGGUGCUCAAGGCCUGUGCUGCUUUGCUGCUUUCGAGGUAACUUGCGUAGCUUUGGAUUUGAAUCUUUGGAAGAUGGGGAAGGUGCGUCGCUGCUUGGUUGGGACAGAGUCAAGGAUGGUUUGUGGAUGGUGGGUCAGGAUGAGGGGCGGCUAAGGGCUGAGGAGUCCAUGUCAGCCUUUUGUUAUUAUUCUGUUAUCCUUUGUUGUUGCGAAGCCAACAAAGCCGUUUGAAUCUGAUCUUUGCCCUCCUGCCGUAUUUUGGGCGUUCCCAUACAAGUCACAGCACGCAUUAUCAGUACGACAACAUCUUAUCAGCACUUGUGCCCCCCUGGUGCUGCUAUCGGACAAACAGCACGUCGGUGCUACCUUUGCACUUGUAUGCCUGCUGUUGCUGUUGUUUGGUCCUAGGUGCAUCUUGGAUGCCAUCAGCCGCCGCCACCACGCCGGCUGCUCCUUCUUGCUUGCUAACCCGCACCUGCCGGGUGCUGACUUGGUGCUCGUGUGGCUGGGGGCACGCCCACAAAACAAACCUUUUUGAUGUCUUACAGCAACCAAACAUGGCGACUGCGUAGGGUUGCAUCAGACACCUACCCGACAUACCACCUGUUAGUGAGAUCUACACCCCACCACUGUCAGCAGCACUCCUGCAACACCAUCAGUCAGUCUUCACAGCAAGGCACCCACCCAGCACUCCACACCUGGUUGGGAUGCGGACGGCCUUCCCCGGCGUCCCAGACGCUGUAGCAGUUAGCGGCCAGCAGCAGCAUACCAGCAAGUCAAGGAGAUAUCCGAAAUCCUCACCCGUAGCUUACACGCCCCGCCAUGGCGGCGCUGACAGUGAUGGAGCCGGACAUGUCUGCCUUGGCCCAAAGCCAUGGGGUGUACCGAAUGUCCGGAUCCAAUGCCAUGGGUUAACACCGAAUCCGAAGCCACCGGUUAACAUCGAAUCCAACAUUUUUCUUUUAGCUCUUCACGUCGCCUAGCAGCUUAACCUUCAUCGGUCUGCUGGCAACGGCACAUGCAACAUUGGUUCAAGCCUUCAAGGGUGUACGGCAUGUUUACAGUGCCUCCAGCAUGCCUUGCCGUCCCUUAUAAGGAGGGCAUGGCAGAUGGGAUUGGGCCAGUGGUGGUACUGCAGCGCCGACCUCUGGUGGCCAUGACUCCAGCGCCUGGUCCGUCCGGGCGGGCAGGACCGAGGCAAAGCGCCUCAGGAAGUGCGUGCAUGAUAGCCACACGACCGUGGGGAUAUAGAGUCGCUGCUGUUGACAUAUAGGGUCGCGCGCUCAGCAUGGUUAAGGCUGGUCGGCCAGAGGUGUGCUUCUGGCGCGCCCCUGAGCUUUGCAAGGAAUGAGUGAGCGAUACAAGAGUUCCCUACAAGGCAUUACCUCGGCUUGGUUGCUCUCUGUGACGCUGUGCGACUGUGUGCCUAGGAGCCACCAUGUGCCAGCAACAGGCAAACAUACCCGCAGAGCAACUAAGAUUCAGGUUUGGUCACCUCUGUUUUGCCUGUACUCGCGGUUCACAUGCGAACCUCUCCCAUUUGCUUGCUCUUGUCCUACUCAACUAUACACUGCGCAUUAGCUCAGUGGAUGUAGGUCAUGCUUGCACCGCACCCAUACAUCAUGGCACCGACCUGCAGCCUCCUCACCAGGUCGCCGCGUCGUCUGGUCGCCUCUUGCAUCCAGCCUCUCUUCCCCCUUUCCUGUCAGAACACCCCAUGUCCGCACGCACUGGUGCGUACCGAGGAGUUAUAGCUGGAUGAAUUACUGUAAUUAAACAGGAACCUCGAACAAGAAGGCAAUAGAAAGCGGACAAUACCCUACACUGUCCUGGGUCCAACGCCACUGCUUAAGGAGACCUCGCCUGGGGGGGGGGAGAUAAUACAAUAAAUGCAAACAACUAGAGUCCCAGUCCCCGUCGGGGGUGGGAGGUAGCUUGCAAUCUUUCUCAUGGUACCCUGUGACGUGCUGCGAGCCAUACGCCCAUACCCCGUAUGGCACAUCCAUCCUGUGCACUCUAGCCACCCGCGCUGUGCAGGUGGGAUACGUGGCACCACAUUGAGGGGACUUGCGAUGAGCCUGAGGUAGGUGCUGAUAUAUACGGUUCCCUCAUGGGCUGCUUCUUGCAGUUCUGGUGUCGAAGGGAUGCAAGGGACACGUACUAACCGUUACUGCCCAGUAGAACGAUGAUGAAGGCGGCAUCGUAGGGGCAUCCUAGUUGUUCCGGCAAUACGAACAUGGAAUUGGUUGUGGUGGCAGGACCAGAGCAGCAACAGUUGUUUGCAGGUGUACGACUACCGGUAUACGCCAGCGUCCGGGGACGGUGAUAGCACUAAGUAGCUUGUGCGAUGUGGCUUGCAGUGGAUGGAUGGAUGAGAGUCGACACAAAUGUAGUAGGGAGAAGUGGUGCCAGACUGGCAUACCGAAACUUAGGAACGAGGAC